AUGAUGGAUAGCGACAAGAGUACUAUUAAUGUUAUAGACUCAGACGUACAGGCCAGUCACUUUCGACCUAUAUCAUUCAUUCCCCACGACCCAGAGGUUUGGUUUGCUGCAUCAGAGUCCCAGUUUGAGACUCAUCGCAUUACGAGCCAAAGGCAAACGUACGGCAUUGCUCUCGAAUCAUUACCCUGGGACCAUUUAGUAGCUGUUCGUGAGGUCGUCCUCAUUUCCAACGUGCCUAAUGUUUAUGAUCGCCUCAAAGAGGCAACUCUCCGACAUUUCCUCCCAUCGAGGGAUGAACGAUUGAGGACAUUGUUAGCACGUCACUUCCUGGAUGGUGAUAAACCUAGCCACCACCUCACGUGCCUGCAAUCCCUUGCAGGACCAACAGCAUCUGACUCGGAAAUAGUUAAGGAAUUGUGGCUCGAGUCACUACCAGCUCAUAUCCAAACUACUGUGACGGCACUGCUCGAGGAAUCACCGCUUAACCAGGUAGCUUUCAUAGCAGACAAAAUUUUGGCGAGGACUAGUAAUAGAGACAGCUAUGUAGUUGCUUCAACGGCACGUCCUAAAGUAGACAUGA